AGCAUUUCUGUAACUUUGCUUAUUGAAAAAUGGCUGAAAACAUUUCAAAUUUUCUGCGACAGGUGUCUGUUCCUGAUAAAUACGAAGCUAUACGAUCGGAAUUGUGUAAUUUUGUUGAGCGACAAAAACAAAAAGGAAGAUGCGUUGUCCUCGUAACUUCUGGUGGGACCAAAGUUCCCUUGGAAAGCCGUACUGUACGUUUUCUUGAUAAUUUCAGCAGUGGAACAAGAGGGGCAUCUUCAGCUGAAUAUUUUCUCCAGGAAGGCUAUGCUGUCAUUUUCCUCCAUCGCAGUAGGUCCAUGAAACCUUUUCUUAGACAUUUUUCACAUCUCAACUAUCUGGACUUGUUAGAAUUCAAGACAACUACAGAAUCCAGUUCACAAAUACAAGUAAAGCAGAGUUUUGAGAAGAUGGUUGGCACACAGCUAGAGAAGCACCAGACGGCAGUGAGUGAUGACCGUCUGCUCGGUGUGGAGUUCCAAACCUUGUCCGAAUACCUUCAACUGUUACAUGCUUCCUGCCAGGCAGUUAGUCUCCUCAACAAUAAAGUCAUGCUUUAUCUGGCUGCUGCUGUCUCAGACUUCUACAUUCCAAAAGAACAAAUGCCUGAACACAAAAUUCAGUCUGGAGAUGGUCCCCUACAGUUGUCCCUUGAGAUGGUCCCCAAGAUGUUACAGCCUCUUGUCAAAGAAUGGGUUCCGGAUGCCUUUGUUGUCUCUUUUAAGCUUGAAACAGACCAAGAACUUCUAGUGAAGAAAGCUCAACAGGCCCUGGCCAAGUACUGUCACCAAGUGGUGGUUGCUAAUCUUUUGGAGACAAGAAAGAAGGAAAUCAUUGUUGUUACAACAGACUCCCACAAAGUGAUCAAACUGACCGACAGUCAACUAGACAGCGGUGUGGAAAUAGAGGAACAUAUCAUCAAAGAACUCAUAUCUGCUCAUUCUCAUUUUAUACAACAUGUGACCAAAGUUUAAUCCUUCAUUUGAGCUAUAUUUUAAAACUUUAUUUAUUUCCUUUGGCCAUUUUCACUGAAAGGGACCACAUCAAUAAAUAUGAAUUACAGAAAUUGAAGUUCUCUU